GCAAUCAAAAGGAAAAUAUAAUUAAAAUGGAAGACCAAAAAGAAGAAGUGAAGAAGAUGAAGAUAUUAUGCCUGCAUGGAUUUAGAACAAGCGGGAGUUUCUUGAAGAAGCAAAUUAGCAAAUGGGAUCCUUCUAUUUUUGCUCACUUCGAGAUGGAUUUCCCAGAUGGAAUAUUUCCGGCCGGGGGCAAAUCUGACAUAGAAGGCAUAUUUCCACCACCCUACUUUGAAUGGUUCCAGUUCAAUGAGGAUUUCACAGAGUACACAAACCUGGAACAAUGUAUAACUCAUUUGUGUGAUUACAUCACCACUAAAGGCCCUUUUGAUGGUUUGCUCGGCUUCUCUCAGGGUGCAACACUCUCAGCUCUUUUACUGGGCUACCAAGCACAGCGGAAAGUGUUGAAGGAUCAUCCGCCCUUGAAAUUUUUUGUGUCAAUUUCAGGCUCAAAGUUCAGGAAACCAAACAUAUGUGAAGUUGCCUAUAAAGAUCCCAUUAAGGCCAAGUCAGUUCACUUCAUUGGAGCCAAAGAUUGGCUAAAAUUGCCUUCUGAGGAACUGGCCGCUGCCUUUGAAAACCCUCUAAUCGUAAGGCACCCCCAAGGCCACACUGUCCCUAGACUAGGUAAUUUUAGUUUUGAUUUGAUUUGACUGUAUUUCAAUUUUGUACUUCAUUACUUGAUUGCUCAUGAAUGAAGAUUGAUCCAUUGAUUAAUGGGCAGAUGAAACGGCCGUCGAACAACUACGUAG